UAGCCAUGCCCCAUAACUGAAGCCCACACGAUUCUCUCUGACUUCGUCUUCGCAAAGCUUCAUCGUCUGCUUCCGGACAUUAAGUCCAGACGAGGAUCUCACAGAUCAGGUCUCUCGGUUCAGUCCGUACAGGAUAGAUUAGUUUCGUGAGGUUCACAAUGCCCUCAGCUCAAGAUCCAUUCUAUGUUGUCAAAGAGGAGAUUCAAGAAUCUAUUGAUAAGUUGCAAUCUUCUUUUCAUCAAUGGGAACGCAUUUCAUCUGAUACUGGAGAGCAAUUACACCUCACAAAAGAACUGAUUGCUACUUGUGGAAGCAUUGACUGGCAGGUGGAUGAGUUGGACAAAGCAAUUUCCGUAGCAGCUAGAGAUCCUACUUGGUAUGGCAUUGAUGAAGUGGAACUUGAAAAAAGAAGGAGAUGGACGAGCACUGCUCGUGCUCAGGUGGGUGCUGUAAAAAAAGCAGUGGAAGCUGGAAAGGAUUCUACUGGCACUAGUGUGAAUGGGAUGCGCCGAGAAUUAAUGAGGCUGGCUAAUUCUCAGGAGACAGAUAGAUCCAACCAGUAUGCUGCACAACAUAACGAUGAUUUCAUAACAUCUGAAUCAGAUAGACAGUUGCUUCUCAUAAAGCAACAGGAUGAGGAGUUGGAUGAACUUAGUGCAAGUGUGGAGAGAAUUGGGGGUGUAGGGCUUACCAUUCAUGAAGAGCUCCUUGCACAGGAGAAGAUUGUAGAUGAAUUGGGUAUGGAAAUGGACAGUACAUCAAAUCGUCUUGAUUUUGUUCAGAUUAGUGAUCCCAGAAGAGAUGAAAAGUUCCUUUAUAAUUCCUGCAGAAAAAAGUGGCUACAGUUAUGAAGAAGGCUGGUGUAAAAGGCCAGUGUAUGAUGAUAGUAUUUUUGCUGGUCCUGUUCAUCAUCCUUUUUGUUUUGGUCUUCCUCACCUAGUCUGAAGAAUGCAACAGGUCUUCUGCUAUACACAGGAGGGAUCUGCUUUUCGAAAGAACUAUGGAACACUUGAGUACAGAUAUAUUUACUGGUUUAUCUAGGGUUGUUCAUAAAGCUUUCCUGGAAAUUACGAACCAAAAGAGUACGCAUUUUUUUUAAGGUUAUUUAGAAAUUUUGAGGUUGAACAGAAUUUGAUGUUGAACAACCGGGAGUUACAGAGACAAUGUGAAACAGAAGCGUUAUAUUUGUUUAUUUGUUUAUUCCUUGUACGUUAUGUUUGAUA